UGGAUGUGAAAAAAGGCACCCAAAAGCUCCCAUGUUUCAUAGGUGAUAAGCACGGAGUCUGCAAUGGUUGAGAGGUCUGCUAAUGGCGUGAUAGGUGGGACUUGGGGAGGGACUUGGCCUCUCUGAUCUCACUAAUUUUCUCGGAAAAUUUAUAUACACAAAGAAAGCUGAGGAAACGGAGGCAAACGGUAUAUUGUUCUUGAUCAUCUCAGAGAGAGCUCAAUGGGUUUCUGGGUAUUCUGGGCCGCCACCAUUGCCUGCAAUCAUUUGGUUACAUGGAAACACUAAACCAGUCGGAACAGUUAUUUUGACUUCUCGCAAGUAGAGGUGAUUGUUGGGAUAGCUCUGUUUUGAGACAUAUUAUUCAAUACAUGGCUGAGUUUCUGCAAGUUGAACCACAUGGUGUUUUCCUGAUUGGAUGUUUCCAUUUGGUGGCUCAAAUCUACAUCGUUUGAAUUUGGGCUUUUUGUUGUUUGAUUGAACUCUUCAUAUGAUUCAAAUCUUCUUUGGCAGUGGACAAACCUAGCAGAAACUUUAUCUUCUAGGGGCAAAUCUCCUUUGGCAAACACCAAUUUGUCCUGUGGAUAGAGCAAUAUUUCUUCUUGGCAAAUUGGCAAUACAUAUUUCUUUGUGAAGAUUCAGCUCUUUUGGGCAAAUCUCCUUUGGCAAAAUUACGAUUUUCCUUUAUUUGGGUUAUCUCCUUUAACAGCUGCAUGCUGGAGAGUUCUACUUCUAUUGGAAAAUUGUAAUUCAUUAUCAACUACUUGGAACUCCAUCCAGGCUGUAGGGCAAAUCUCCUUUGGCAAUUAGUUCUUUGUCCUUUCACUGGGGAACAUCAAAUCUGACCUGUGCAGGAACUCUCAUUUUGCAGUUGUCCAUCUUUGGAACUUAAUUCUGUUGGUUGGCAGUUCCUUCUAGUGGAAACUUCAGUCCAUUUGUGGGCAAAUCUCCUUUGGCAGUUGGAGUCCUUUGUUGACUCCAGUUAUCUUUUCGGGGGCAAAUCUCCUUUGGCACUAGAUCUCUGGUUUCACUGGACAAAUCGUAACGUUGGUGAUACUGGAUUGAUCUCUGUAAACAUUUUCAUUAUCUGGAAAAAUACUUAUAUUAGUGAAAAAUAUUGUCAUUUUAUCUAUUGGUAUUAAGCACCAUUCCAAGAUCCUUAUUACAGUACGUGUCAAGAUAACAACAGGACUGGCAUGCGUGUUGGAUGUUCCAAAUUGUUCAAGGAAGGAAAAAUUAAUGGUAUACAUGCUUUUCCCUUGGGCUAUUCAUUUCUAAGUAAAGAUCUUCCUUGUGUGAUAUUUUGUGAAGAAUACCUUGGAUUUAAAGCAAACCUUUCAACCAAAAUAUAGUUCUCAUUCCAGCUUUGACUGUGACAAAGGCAUCUGAGCGAUGGAUAUGCUCCUUAGUGAUUCUGAUUGGGAGAGUUUCAGUGAGAGUGGUAGCAGUGAGGAUCAAGAGGACAUUGACUCUAUGUACGGUGGGAAGGCUCAGAGCAUUUUUUCAAGCCUGGAGGAGACUAUUGGGAAAAUUGAUGAUUUCCUUUCAUUUGAGAGGGGAUUCAUACAUGGGGACAUUGUGUGCUCUGUAGCAGAUCCAUCAGGACAGAUGGGGAGAGUGGUGGAUGUGGAUAUGCUUGUGGACUUGGAAAAUGUUUAUGGAAAAGUCAUAAAAGAUGUGAAUUCCAAGAAACUUUUAAAGAUCCGGUCCAUUUCUAUGGGAGACUAUGUUGUUCUUGGACCAUGGCUUGGAAGGGUAAAUAAAGUAGUCGACUCUGUUACCAUCUUGUUUGAUGAUGGGGCAAAAUGUGAGGUCACUGCAACUGAUAACAAGAAGAUCUUUCCCAUAUCUCCUGACUUACUGGAAGAUCCACAAUACCAAUAUUAUCCAGGACAGAGAGUGCAGGUUAGGCUCUCUACUCUUUCCAAGUCAGCUAGAUGGCUAUGUGGUGCUUGGAAGGAAAAUCGUACUGAUGGAACUGUUUGUGCUGUGGAAGCAGGAUUGGUGUCGGUUGAUUGGCUUGCCUCUGCUCUGGUUGGUUCUGGUUUGAGUUUGCCUGCGCCCCCUUGUUGGCAGGACUCAAAAAAACUAACUUUGUUGUCAUGUUUUUCACAUGCAAACUGGCAGCCUGGAGAUUGGUGUAUGCUUCCAGUUUCUGAUCGUAAGGGUGUUAUGGAGAAAAAUUGCCUUAGCGUGUCUACUUGUGAGCACAUUCUAGGGCAUAAGAAAUUAGAAAGAGGAUUUAAGAGAAUGAACCUCAGUUUUGAACGAGAGAACAUCUUUGUUAUGGUGAAGAUAAAGACCAAAGUUGAUGUUCAGUGGCAGGAUGGUAGCUGCUCAGUGGGAUUAGAUCCACAAUCUUUAUUUCCCAUAAAUAUUGUUGAUGCACAUGAAUUUUGGCCUGAACAGUUUGUGCUGGAAAAGGGCACUUGUGAUGACCCAAAUGUUUCUAGCAGCCAAAGAUGGGGUGUUGUUGAAGUGGUGGAUGCUAAAGAACGAAUUGUGAAAGUAAAAUGGAAAAAUUUUGCCUUGAAUGAAGGAAGUGAUUUGGAGGAAGGCCUCAUGGAAGAAACUGUGAGUGCUUAUGAACUGGUUGAACACCCAGAUUACUCGUACUGUCUUGGUGAUUUCGUGUUUAGGUUGGAAAGGAACCAGCUUGUUGAUCAAGCUGAUGAACAGAAUUUCAAUAAUAAUGCAAUUGCAGAAAUGGGUAUGGGCAAAGAAACUCCCCUUAAAGGUGAGACUUGCAGAAAAGAUCAGAACGAGCACUCUGAUAAAUAUUAUUCAUCCCAUAUUGGCAAUGUAGUGGGCUUCAAAGAUGGUGGUGUCAAGGUGAAAUGGGCUACUGGUCUUACAACCCAGGUUGCUCCUAAUGAAAUCUUUCGAAUAGAUAAAUUUGAAGGUUCAUCUACAACUCCCGAAGAAAACAUUGAGGAAUUGAAUCAUGAGUUGAUUGAGGACGACAAUCAAUCUUCCCCAGGGAAAGAAAAGGAUGUGUCAGAUCUCAAUAUUGUUGAUAAAGAUUGCAAAAAGUACCCAUGGCAGUCUACUUCCUCCCUCCUUCCUCGAGCGGCUAUUGGCUUUUUCUUGAGCAUUGCAGCAAGUCUAUUUGGUUCACCUGAUCCCACAUUACUGUCAGGCCAAUUGUCAUCCAGCCACUGUUCAGAAGAUGAAAAUGAAUCUGGGACUCAUCUGAAAGGAGUAUUAAACUCUUGCAAUCCUUGCACUGAGGAGCAACAUAUUGUAGUAGAUGACUUACAGGCAUCUGGAGAGACAAGCAUAAAGGAGGAAAUCAAAGACAUUGGUGGAGAUAAAGAUCUUCCAUUUUCAUCAGGCAGCAAGAAUCCAGAACAGUUUAGUCAGUUUGAUAUGGUUUGUGAUUGUUCAGACCACCACUUUGUUGAUAGUGCUGGCAAGGGAUUGGCAUUGUCUCAGGUUAAAAAAGGUUGGUUGAAGAAGGUUCAGCAAGAAUGGAGCAUGCUUGAGAAAAAUCUUCCUGAAACAAUCUAUGUCCGCAUCUAUGAGGAAAGGAUGGAUCUCCUGCGGGCAGCCAUUGUUGGCCCAUCUGCAACUCCAUAUCAUGAUGGGCUUUUCUUUUUUGAUAUUUUCCUCCCUCCAGAGUAUCCUCAUGAACCACCUUUGGUACACUACAAUUCUGGUGGGCUGCGUGUCAACCCUAACUUGUAUGAAUCUGGAAAGGUGUGCCUCAGUCUCCUCAAUACAUGGACAGGCACAGGCACAGAAGUAUGGAAUCCAGGGAGCUCCACCAUUCUCCAAGUUCUUCUGUCCCUCCAGGCCCUUGUGCUUAAUGAAAAGCCUUACUUUAAUGAGGCUGGAUAUGACAAGCAAAUGGGAAGAGCUGAAGGAGAGAAAAACUCCAUCAGCUACAAUGAAAAUGCAUUCAUCGGUACCUGCAGAUCCAUUUUGUACCUGCUACGCAAUCCACCCAAGCAUUUUGAGGCACUUGUGGAGGAGCACUUCAAUCAAUGCUCCCAACAUUUUCUACUAGCUUGUAAGGCCUACAUGGAAGGAGCUCCGGUGGGUUGUGCUUUUGAACACAAGAAAACUGCAGAAGAAAGUCAAAAGGGAAGCUCUACAGGUUUCAAGAUCAUGCUUGCUAAGCUUUUCCCCAAGCUUGUGGAGGCCUUUUCUGCUAGAGGAAUUGAUUGCAGCCAAUUUGUUGAGAUGGAAAAGGGAAUAUGCUACAAUUGGGGUAAGCAACCAUAGCUACUCCCAAUAAAAAAACAUUUCUAUCAAUUGUAUAAAUUUAUGAUUUCAAAAUUUGCUUGGUGAUGGCCUUCUGUGCCCUUUGUGUUAUGUGGUGUGGAUGUGAAUUUAAAAAGCAAAAAAAAAAAAAAGAAGUUAAGACUUGAUAGCACUAUGGUGCUGUAAUUGUAUUGUAUGAUGGGUUUGUGAACUUGUGAAAAAAAAAAAAAAGUGAGACUAGGCUUGAUAGCAGAAUGGUGCUGUAACUGUACUACAUGAUGGGUUGUGAAAUUCUUGAAUAAAAUAACAGUACCUGGUGUGGUUUGUUUUUGUA